ACGGGCCAGUCGCAUACAGCAGCUAUCGCCGAUCUACAUCACUCUGCAGCUGCCACAGCUCUGAGGAAACAUGGACGCUUUUCUGGCGAGGCUUACCCAGCAGGCAAUGAAUUAUGCCAUCCGCUCGGGAAUCGCCAUAACUGCCAAAUAUGCCAUCCGUCAGUCAUCGCGGCUGCUCAAAAAUGUCGAUAACUGCGAGGAAAGGGACGAGCUACUUACGCUGCAGCACCGCUUGGAAAGCAAGAUCCAGGUCAUAUCUCCUGCUAUCGACAUGAUCGAGCUUAUCGCUGCAAGAGGAAACACAUCACUAGAAUCAGCCGUGUCCCUCACCAAAUCGUUAAGAUGGGACAUACAAGCGUUAGGCCAGCGACUAGCCAAGGCGGCAACAUCUGAAGAAUUGUAUGCCAGAGGAGCGAACCCCAACCACGACCGCUCGCAACAACAAAUAGAGAUUCAAAAUAUCAUCCGAGACAUCAAGAAACUGCUUGUCCGAAUUGAAGACGCAGUGCCGCUGAUGAACCUGGCCAUCACGACUUCGGGUGCUAAGCUUUCGACCAACCUUCCAUCCACCGUAUCGCCCUCUCGGUUGCUGCAGGCGAGCACGUUCCUAACAGCAGGUGAUACCCAAUACUCCAUGUCUCCGUCUCAUGCCGUGCAGAUUGGUCCCACAUUUACCUUAUCGAUGUACAUGCUCUUCGCCAGCCAUCUCCGCCCGCAUGACGAGGAGGGUAUGCGCGAGGCAACAUGGAAAGAGGUCAUGCACAAGGCCCGCUUGAAACUGCGUCGUGUACCCAUGGACAUGGCCACGCAUCCACAGCAUCCGCAAGCACGGCACAUACGCCUUCCUGGAGACGCCAGAGUGGACGAAUUCGCCUACCAGGUGCUCAUCAUCGAAGAUCUCGACGACGGACGCGUGCACACAUAUGACGAAGACGAAGCGCAGCCCGAGAAUUUCGAAGGAGUCCUCACCGCCGGACUGCGUGAGAUCCUACCCAUCCACCAGAUCUCCAAGAUCUUCUAUGCCGACACCGGCAAGAUCCUGAACAUCAGCACCGAGGGGGAAACGAACAACCCUGUCCUCCUCCUCAAACGCGACAUCAACGCCAUCCCGCCACGCCGCAUGCUGGAACGCGACGAAUCGGAACUCGGCCACGUCUCUGACAGUGCGGAGGACGAUAACGAGUCCGACGAGCCCGACGAGCUGCAAGCCCAACUCGACGCCCAGCUUAACCACUCCCACUCCCACGACUCCGACAACCACAACAACAAUGAACCAACCUUCACCGAAGGCUCCAUCCCGCCGAUAUGGCGCCUCCCCAAAGACCUCGACCCCGAAUGGAUCGCCUUCGAAGUCUACAACGAAGACGAAGCCUCCGACUCGGAGACGUCCGACACGGAAGACGAUCCCACCUCCACUUCCGAAGCCAUGGCGAACCUCUCCCUCAACCCCGCGCACAACUCCCCCGUGCCCACCCCUUCCUCUGCUACAACCGCAUCCAGGCCCUCACACUCACCACCCCCGCAAACAACAACAAGCACUACCAUGACCAACCCGCACUUCAACAACAUCCGCACCUCACUCUCCCUCCUCGAGACCCUCCUCCGCCUGACCUCCCUCCAGCAAUUCCAGCAGCAAUCCCACCUCUCCAUCAGCGACGAGCUCCUGAACUUCUUCCUCGAGGAGUCCUCGACCACCGGCGCCGGUGGCGACGAACACCACCGCCAGCGCCUGCGCGCCGACGCCCGCCGCCGCGUCGGCUGGGACCCCUACGACGAGAGCCCCGUGAAACGUCGCGGCGAGGACUACCAGUACGCCUACGACGAGGACCAUCACCACCAAAACUACAGCUACAGCCAUCGCGGCACCACCCCGCUGCGCUACGGCCGCGACGACGAAUCCGAGUUCCCGUUCUCCCCUAGCGACCGCGUCCGCGGAUACUAUCUGCGCUCGCGUGAGGCGACGCCUGAGACGCCUCGGUCGGCUUCGUUGGGAGGCGUUGGCGGCGGCAGCGGCAGCGGCGGCGGGAUGAUGAGGCGUCAGCACCAUGAUAAACUGCGCGCGGGCGGGGGCUCGUCGUCGCUGCAGGUAGACGAGCGGUCGGGGCGGAGGGGGUCGCCACUCUCGCGACGGUCGACGCCUGUGCCGAGUGUGGAGGAUGGCGAGC